AUGGCUGCCUCUUUGACGUCUAUCGUCGUAAUUAUUUUUGUUAACAUCUUCUUUUAUGAAUGUAGUGAGACAUAUGAAAUAUCAAGUGACAAACUGGAUGAAUGGCUAGGGCAAAACGUUGAUAAAUCUGCUGCAGAGGGGAAAAACACAAGUCCACAAAUUCAGAGGGAGACUGGGGGAGAAAGUUCUGCAAAGUUUGAAACUCCUGGGGGAAUGAAUCAAAUUCCGGAUGAUAUGAAACAAAAGUGCUACAUCUGGGAGACGAGACUGAAGGAAGAUGCAUAUGACAAUACUAACGAGUAUGAGGAAAUGUGCACUCUGAUUGGCCAAGGAGAAUACAUUUUGAUGAGAAUGCACCUUGCCUCCCUACAGGCAAAAAGUGAUAUAGAAUCUCAGAUUGUAUCUGCCAUCUGCCUCAUCCUCAACAACAAAAAUGAAAAGAGGUUUAAAGAACAAAUAUACUGUCUCCCCCCCGAUAUUGUGUGCAUGGCACUUUCGGAUCACCCAAACGGGGAAUUCGUAUCACCGAAAACGAAAAAGAAAUUCAGGGUGGAAGCCUACCCGAGUUUCAUUCCCUUCAUAGAUAGAAAAAAAUUAACUUCAUUUUUGCCCCUGUCUGCUACUCGGGGCAUUGGUGGUUAUGGUUGA